AUGGACAAUUUUGCUUAUCUCGGAUGCAUACUUUCCAACAGCACCAAAAUCGAUGACGAGGUGGCCCACCGGAUCUCUAAUGUCAGUCAAGCCUUCGACCGGCUGCAGAACUCCGUGUGGAAUCACCACGGCCUCCAACUGAAUACCAGACUGAAGGUAUACGAGGCCGUCGUCCUGACGACACUUCUCCACGAAGCGGAAGCCUGGACCGUCUACUCCAACCAUGUCAAGAAACUCAGCUGCCUUCGCAUAAUACUGAAGCUGAGAUGGCAAAGCAGGAUUCCCGGCACAGAAGUCCUAGAACGGACAGGCAUCCUCAGCAUUCAGGCCAUGUUGAGGCAAAUGCAGCUACGUUGGAGCGGCCAUCUCGUGUGGGUCGACAACACACAUCUACCGAAGCAACUCUUCUUUGGUGAUGUCGCCACGAGUACUCGUCAACAAGAACAAAGACGACGCUACAAGGGUACUCUGAAGGACUCUCUGAAACCGCUGCAGAUCAACCUGGGGACCUGGAAGGACCUCGCCCGGAAGAGACCGGCAUGGCGAAGAGAAGGGAAGACCAGCGUCGCCAUUUACGAAGCAAACUGGAUCGCCCCUACCAAAACCAAAAGAGAGGCUUGA